CUUAUGGCUCUGUAGGGGGCGCUAAGCGCCACGGUGCCGUUACCAACUGUUUGAAAAAAGAAAAGAAGAAGUGGAUUUUAUACUAUUUCCGCUUUGAAACGCUAAAAACAAUUGAUAUCUAGGUUCUCAUCAAACGCAUUGCAAAACGACAAAACUGGCCCCUCCACUGCCUGUCACCAUGCCCGCCCUGCUGGAGAGACCGAAGCUGUCCAAUGCGAUGGCCAGAGCCCUGCACAAGCAUAUUAUGAGGGAGAGGGAGCGCAAGAGACAAGAGGAAGAGGAGGUUGACAAAAUGAUGGAGCAGAAGCUGAAGGAAGAGGAGGAGAGGAAGAGGACAAAGGAGAUUGAGGAGAGGAUGUCUUUAGAGGAAACCAAGGAACAGGUAAUGAAGAUGGAGGAGAAACUUCAGGGACUCCAAGAAGAGAAACACCAGCUUUUUUUACAGCUAAAGAAAGUUCUCCAUGAGGAAGAAAAGAGACGCAGGAAGGAGCAGAGUGACAUCACAACGUUGACCUCAGCCAGCUACCAGCCCAGUCUGUCCAUGCAUGCAGGACAGCACCUCCUCAGUAUUCCAGGAAGUCCGGUCAGCCACAGUCGACCUGGCGCCCUGCUCGGAGAGCGAAGCAAACAGCUGUUCCCAGCUUCUGUCAUUCCAGCCCGUCAUUACCAGACCCCUGGGUUCAGCUCCAGCUCAGCAGAGCAUGGACAGUUCAGCGGGAGCCAGGGGGUCCAUGAGUCCUAUGGGGUGGCAGCAUCCCAGCACCCCUCCACCUACGCCCCCGGACCCUCGGUACCCGUUAGCUUCGCCAGCAGUUCUCAGAUCAGAGGGGCCUCUGCAUUUCAAGCAAUGCAGUACCUCCCUCACCAGCAGACUGGAUAUCCGGUUCACAGCCACUUCGCCUCCCAGCCUGGGUACAUCACUGGAGCAUCGAUACCCCUGCAGAAGCAGCUGGAACAUGCCAACCAGCAGUCUGGCUUCACAGAUGCAGGUGCUUUGAGGCCCCUGCACCCCUCCACUAUGCACCCAGCUGCUCCAGGUCUGCUGCCCACACCCAUGGUCCAGAUCCCCACUGCAAAGGCUCCGUUCCAGAGCUCCCCACAGGGUGCCGCUCGACACAACUUCCUAGGCCACAGCCAGAGUGGGCAGAGGUUCUACCCCCACAGCAAGUAACCUGCGACGACUUUCAUCUUUUCUUCUUUUACGGCAACGUCACCACUUUGAUGGUGCUGGAGAUGGCAUCGGAACCUCUGGUGCAUCACUUUGGAUUUAACAAAAAAAUAAAUAAAAACCUAGAUUGAUUUGUGCCAUAAUGAUAAUUUUUCAGUGUAUAUAGUAUGAAUUCUAUACUCUCCUGGUUUUAUUGUCUUUUAAUCAUUUUUAUUUUCCCAUAACUUUUAAAGAAUAAUUUGCAGAGCUGGCUACAGGCACAGGUAAACUCCCCAUCCACAUGAUUUCUAACAGAAAAAUUGUUAAACUUCAUAUCAGUUCAGAAAGAAGGAGCUUUUCUCUAAUAGUACUGAUAUAAUAAAAUAAGCUACAUUUCUAGGUUGCUACUGGAUGCAUCAUGAAUGAUUGUUAGUAAAAAACCAUCAAGCUGUCAUACAGUGGAUCAAAUAAUGGGUUAUGCUAAACUUAUAUCGAUUAGCGUAACCUUUUAUUUUUGUAUCUUUAUCUCCCUAAGGCAGUAUAGCUUAUGUCAUGGUGCCUCAGCCCAACUGUAAAUGUGACCUCCAAGCCCUACAUAACCUAAGGUCAGCUCUGUUCCUUUUAAACAAGGCUUAUUUUGAAGCCUCUGUGACACUUUCGGUUUUAAACAUGCACUGAACUCUUUUUGUAUCAAAGCUUUCCUGUUUCCUCAUCUAACAGUAAACGGAUAUUUCUAAGGCUUCAAGUGGAUAAAACCACUGAUGCUUGUAGACUUUGUCCAAACACAGAGAUCCUACUGUAAAGCUCUUUCUUAUUGAGUCAAGUUUCUUCUAUCAUCAUCUGCAGCAUUAACCGGCUCAAAGCAUUUGUUUAAUAAUUGCUAAAUAAAGAAUGCAAUCACACCCAUCAA